AUGGCUCCUUGGACGAGGACCACAACAGAGCGGUAUGGUGUAGUUAAGUGGAAUUUUUUCGGGAAAGGAGAAAAGCAGCUUUCCCUUGAGGUAGGAGAUGCGGUCCAAAUCCAGGAGGUCUGUGAUGGAUGGUACAGAGGCCACCUGGUCAGGAACAAAGUCGUGUGGGGAGUGUUCCCUGCCAGUUUUGUCCAUCUUAGGGAGGUUGUCGUUGAAAAACGAGGAGGAGAGGAGGUUGUGCUGUCUGCAGAGAUGCCCUUGGUGAAAGAGGUGACCACCACUUUGAGGGAGUGGGGAAGCAUAUGGAAGCAGCUCUUUGUGGCCAACAAGCGGACGCGUGUGAAGCAGGUCCAGAGGCUGAUGUGUGAGCUUAUGGAGUGGCGUUCCCAGCUCCUGUCUGGCACUCUGCCUAGUGACGAAUUCAAGGAGCUCAAGCAAAAAGUCACCUCGAAGAUUGACUAUGGCAACAAGAUCCUGGAGCUGGACCAGGUGGUGAGAGACGAGGAUGGGAACAUCUUGGACCCCGAACGGGCAAACGUCAUCAGUCUUUUUCGGGCCCACGAGGAGGCUACAGCCAAGAUCAAUGAGCGCAUCAAAGAGGAGCAGUCCAACAUCCAGACGGACCACAGCGGGAUCUCCGCACGGAUCCAGUCGUCCCCCACCCACAGCCUCUACGUGUUUGUCAGGAACUUUGUCUGUCGCAUUGGAGAGGACUCGGAGCUCUUCAUGUCCCUAUACGACCCCGUCAAACAAGCCAUUAUCAGUGAGAACUACUUAGUUCGCUGGGGCAGCAAAGGAUUCCCGAAGGAGAUUGACAUGCUGAACAACCUGAAGGUUGUCUUUACAGACUUGGGUAACAAGGACCUGUGCAGAGAGAAGAUUUAUCUGAUCUGUCAGAUAGUGAGAGUGGGCAGGAUGGACCUAAAAGAGACUUUGAACAAGAAGUGCACCCAAGGCCUGAGGCGGCCCUUUGGGGUGGCAGUGAUGGACAUCAGUGAUAUCAUCAAAGGGAAGAUUGAAUGCGAUGAAGAGAAGCAGUUCUUUAUCCCAUUCUUCCCGGUAGUUGCUGAGAAUGACUUUCUACACUCCUUGCUGAACAAAGUGACAGCGUCACGAGGAGACAGUGGCGGGCAAGGUCUGUGGGUGACUUUGAAGACUCUGGUCGGAGACAUAGUUCAGAUCCGGAAGGAAUACCCUCACCUGGUGGACCGCAGCACCGUGGUGGCCCGCAAGCUGGGCUUCCCGGAGAUCAUUAUGCCGGGAGACGUGCGCAACGACAUCUACCUCACCUUACAGGGCGGCGACUUCGACAAAUACAACAAGACGACACAGAAAAACGUGGAGGUCAUCAUGUGGGUCUGCGAUGAGGAGGGCAAGGUCAUACAGAACUCCAUCUGUUUGGGCGCAGGGGAUAAGGCGGUCAGUGAGUACAGAUCCGUCAUCUACUACCAAGUCAAACAGCCCCGCUGGAUGGAGACAAUUAAGGUGGCUGUUCCCCUGGAAGAAAUGCACAGGAUUCAUUUACGCUUCAUGUUCAGACACCGCUCUUCCCAGGAGUCGAAGGACAAGAGCGAGAAGAACUUUGCCAUGGCCUUUGUGCGUCUGAUGAAGGACGACGGGACAGUUCUGCAAGAUGGACUGCAUGACCUUGUAGUCUUCAAGGGUGACAGCAAGCGCAUGGAAGACGUGAACUGCUACCUCUCACUGCCUUCGACCCGCAACAACCACAGCGACAACCACAAGGGGUCAGUGCUGAGUCGCAGCUCCAGCAACGUGUCCGGGAGUGGAGGCCUGUCCGUCAGCUCCAGAGACAUCUUCUGCACCUCCACCCUGGUCUGCUCCACCAAGCUCACCCAGAAUGUGGGCCUGCUGGGGCUGCUCAAGUGGAGGAGUCGACCCGAAUUCCUCAAAGAGAACCUUGAGAAACUCAAAAUGAUUGAUGGAGAGGAGGUGGUCAAGUUUCUUCAGGACACUCUGGAUGCCUUGUUCAGCAUCAUGAUGGAGCACUCUCAGACUGACGACUAUGACAUACUCGUUUUUGACGCCUUGAUAUACAUCAUAGCUCUGAUUGCUGAUAGGAAGUUCCAGCACUUCAACACAGUGUUGGAGGCCUACAUCAAGCAGCAUUUCAGUGCUACACUCGCAUACAAGAAGCUGAUGUCGGUGUUGAAGAGGUAUCUGGACGUGUCCAGCCGAGGCGAACAGUGUGAGCCCAUCCUCAGAACCCUCAAAGCCCUCGAGUACAUCUUCAAGUUCAUCGUCCGAUCACGCAUGCUCUACUCCCAGCUGUACGAGGGGAAGGAGCAGGCGGAGUUUGAGGAGUCGCUGAGGAGGCUCUUUGAAUCCAUCAACAGCCUGAUGAGGACAGACUACACCACCACUCUGCUGCUCAGGGUUGCUGCUCUGAAGUACCUGCCAACAGUCCUGCAUGAUGUUGAGAAAGUGUUUGAUGCCAAACUUCUCAGUGAGUUGCUGCAUGACUUUUAUUCCUGCAUCCCCCCUGAGGUACUCCAUGAACAGAAGGUGAACUCACUCCAGAAACAGAAGGUGGCCUCCAUGACUGAAAUCGUCAGCAGCAAACUCUUCCAGAGACAAGAGUGCCGUGAUGUCCUGUUACCCAUGAUGCUGCGGGAGUUGGGUGGGGCACUUGCCAGCAUGGCUGACGGGCCUCACGAUGAGAGGAGAAAUAGUCUGGAGCUGCUCAACAACAUUCUGGAGGUCCUCAGCCGGGACAGUGUGGGUGAAACCUUUCAACAUGUGCAGGACAUUGUGGUGUCUCUGCUGAGGAUCAUCAACCGGACGGUCAUCACGAUGGGAAGAGAGCACGCCCUAAUCUCCAGGGUGGUAGCCUGCAUGACAGCUAUACUCAGUCAGAUGGAUGAUCGUCACUAUGAGACAUACAUAGAAACCUUCGCUGGAUCCUCUGAUCUGGUGGACUUCCUGAUGGAGUCCUUCAUGCUUUUCAAGGAUCUGAUUGGGAAACAUGUGUACCCCUCGGACUGGAUGGCCAUGAUCAUGGUACAGAACAGAGUGUUCCUGAGAGCUAUCAACACCUAUGCCGACACAAUGAACCAGAAGUUCCUCAAUAACGACGACUUUGAAGUACAGUUGUGGAAUAACUACUUCCACUUGGCGGUGGCGUUUAUUACCCAGGAAUCUCUGCAGCUUCAGCAUUUCUCGCCAACUAAGAGGAACAAGAUUCUCGCCAAGUAUGGUGACAUGAGAAGACUCAUUGGCUUCGCUAUACGCGACAUCUGGUACAAACUAGGCAGCCAUAAGAUCUGUUUCAUCCCUGGCAUGGUGGGUCCCAUCCUGGAGAUGACUUUGAUCCCAGAAGAAGAGCUGAGGAGGGCCACCAUCCCCAUCUUCUUCGACAUGAUCACCUGUGAAAAUGCACACUCUGGAAACUUCCAGAAGUUUGAGAAUGAGAUCAUUCUGAAGUUGGACCAUGAGGUGGAGGGUGGAGGAGGAGACGAGCGAUACAUGCAACUACUGGAGACCAUCCUGCUGGACUGUGCAGCAGAGAAGCCCCCACUGAGGCCACAGGUACAGCACUUUGUCUCCUUGGUGAAGGGACUCCUCAUUCGUCUCCUUGACUACCGCACCGUGAUGAACGAUGACAGCCGCAACAACCGCAUGAGCUGCACCGUCAACCUUCUUAACUUUUACAAGGACAUCAAUCGUGAAGGGAUGUAUAUCAGGUACCUUUACAAGUUGAGGGACCUUCAUCUGGAGGGUGAAAACUACACGGAGGCAGCAUACACACUGCUGCUCCACUCCCGCCUGCUCAAGUGGUUGGAUGAGAUGUGCAGCCCCCAGUUUGAGUUCCACGGCUCCCAAACGCAGCGGCAGCUCAAAGAAACGCUCUACGACACCAUCAUCGACUACUUUGACAAGGGCAAGAUGUGGGAAGAGGCCAUCACUCUCUGUAAGGAACUGGCUGAACAGUACGAAAACGAGAUCUUUGACUACGAGUUACUCAGCAAGAGACUGGAGAAACAAGCCAAGUUCUAUGAAAACAUCAUGAAGAUCUUGAGGCCUAAGCCGGACUACUUUGCAGUGGGCUACUACGGACAGGGCUACCCUCCAUUCCUCAGGAACAAGGUGUUUAUCCACCGUGGAAAGGAGUACGAACGCAGAGAGGACUUCCAGAACCAUCUGAUGAGCCAGUUCCCCAGCGCUCUGCACCUCAACACCACCACCAUGCCAGGAGACGACAUCAAGAACUCUCCACUGCAGUAUAUCCAGUGUUUCACAGUGCAGCCAGUCCUCGAGAUUCCUCCUCGCCUGAAGAACAAACCUGUUCCUGACCAGAUCAUCAACUUCUACAAGUCCAACUACGUGCAGCGCUUUCACUAUUCCAGACCGGUGAAGAAAGGACCUGUGGACCCAAACAAUGAAUUUGUUUCAAUGUGGAUUGAACGCACGACCUUCACCACUGUGUACAAGCUGCCAGGGAUCCUGCGCUGGUUUGAGGCUACGGACAUGAAACAUACCACCUUGUCUCCAUUGGAGAACGCCAUAGAGACCAUGGAGUCCACCAACGAGAAGAUUCUCACCAUGAUCAACCAGUAUCAGGCUGACUGGACCCUUCCCAUCAACCCCCUCUCCAUGCUGCUCAAUGGCAUUGUGGACCCAGCUGUCAUGGGCGGCUUUGCCAAGUAUGAAAAGGCGUUCUUUACCGAAGACUUCACUCAGCAGCACCCGGAGGACAGAGACAAACUGCUGCGGCUUAAGGACCUCAUCGCAUGGCAGAUCCCUUUACUGGGUGGUGGGAUCGCUCUCCAUGGCAAGAGAGUGAUGGAGGCCCUUCGUCCUUUCCACGAGCGCAUGGAGGAGUGUUUCAAACAGCUGAAGAAGAAAGUGCAGAAGGAGUACGGAGUGAGAGAGCUGCCGGAUUUGGAUGAGAGGAAGUCUACUCGUCCUCGCUCCAUGCUGCGCUCCCUUCGUCAGUCCAUCAUCUCCAUCUCCUCACUGCAGGGAUCUGAAUGUGGGACUCCAACCAAGCUCCAUGCAGACAGGGACUUCCCCCCCGAUUCCCCCACCUCCGGGAGCUCCACCCUGCCGCGCUCCAGUGGCAGCAUGACUGGAAGUUUAUCGGAGGGAAUGGUGACGGUGGGUGAUGCCGAGGUCAAACUGAGGAAGAGUAAGAAGAAGAAGAAGAGGAGCAGCAUGAUCUUCAUCACAGAGGAAAGAGAAAGGAUUCAUACAAUGGAUAGCAAACGGCUGUCCAAGAAACAGGAGUUCCGCAGUGACACCAACCUGUGUGAGCCGAAUGAAGGAAGUGUGUCGCUCACUAAUGCCAACUCCAGAUCCCUGCCCGCCAUCACAGGUCUGUCCUUGGCGGUGGUGGCUGGAAUGGAGGAUGUGGACUCUGUCAGAGCAAGGAGGGACAGUAAGAGCAUGUCUGUCUGUGGGACCUCUGACAGAACAGCAGACAGGCGCUCAAAGGGCGUCAUCAACCUCAUCUUCAAGUCCAAGAGCUCCAAAUCAGAGAAGAUGUGAAGCCCGGUGACUCAGCCAGGCAGGGCCAAUCAUUUAUGAAAUGCAUAUUUUUGUAUUUUAUUUUAACUUUACUUAUCUUUACGCUUUUGUUAAAGUAAGUUCACAUAAAUAUGCAAGCAAAACCAAAUGAUGCUCUCAGUCAGUCAGUCAGUCAGUCUCUCAGUCUCAGUAUUGCUGUUGCCUUAAUAUAAUUGAUUGUAUCUGUCAAUAAAGACUAUUUUUGUGGUGUGAC